AUGCUGACAGUGCCAAGGCUUCUGAGGGGAAACCACGCCAACUUUGUAUCCAUCAAAGUUGAAGAGGAGGUUUUCCUUAGGGUUCACCGACCGGUGGCAACGCGCUUCUCUCCGGUCUGGAAGCGCGAGUUACAAAAUCCGAAUUGCGCUAUAAUUACUGUAACUUUGCCACCGGACCCACCGGCUGCUCCUUUGGCAGACCGAUCAUCACCAAAUUCUGGAAAUGCACCGGCCAUUUCCUCAAGUAUACCACCACCACCCCCUCCCGCACCGGCUGCACCUUUGGUCAGUCAAUCGGUGCCAGGCCCGGGCAUUGCACCUCCUCUUAAUUCUCCACCGGCUGCACCUUCGGUCUCGCAAUCAGCACCAGAUUCGGGAAAUGCACCGGCCACGCCUGACUUGAUUCCACCGCCUCCACCUCCCCCAUCGAAAAGGAAUGCCUUAAAGUUUAUAGUUCAGUGGAUGGAGCAAGGGGGUGCUGACCCCAAAGGCAAGAACGCAGUCCCUUAUCCAAAGGGCUACCGCGCGGGGUUGGAGACGCUGUUGGCGUUAGCGAGUAUGCUCGAGAUCAGCGAGCUGAUGACUCGGAGGGCAGACACCCGGGCAAAGAGUGCCAAACCUGCUGGGAAUGCAAUGACGUUGGCCACCGUAGAGCCAACUGUCCCAAAGCAUACCAGGCGUUUCUGGAACGAGAAGCGCGCCGAGAGCAAAAAGCCGAGCACGAGAGACUUAGGCUGGAACGGCAGGAACGGGCGGAGUCUCAGCGGAAGAAGUGGCAGGAAAAGCAAGACCGCCGGGAGAAACAGCAGCGGGAAGCUGAAAUUCGGACGGGAGAGGUGGCUGUGGGGGCCAACGGUAAAACAAUAUAUAGAUGGGUAA